AUGGCAAAUUCUAUGAAUGGCAGAAACCCUGGUGGUCGAGGAGGAAACCUCCGAAAAGGACGGAUUUUGGGUAUCAUUGAUGCUAUUCAAGAUGCAGUUGGACCUCCGAAGCAAGCAGCAGCAGAUCGCAGGACGGUGGAGAAAACUUGGAAAAUCAUGGACAAAGUGGUCAGACUGUGCCAAAAUCCCAAGCUUCAGUUGAAAAAUAGCCCACCAUAUAUACUUGAUAUCUUACCUGAUACAUAUCAGCAUUUACGACUUAUACUGAGUAAAUAUGAUGACAACCAGAAACUUGCCCAACAGAAUGAGUAUUUUAAAAUCUACAUUGAUAGUCUAAUGAAAAAGUCAAAGCGGGCAAUAAGACUCUUUAAAGAAGGCAAGGAGAGGAUGUACGACGAGCAGUCACAGGACAGACGAAAUCUCACAAAACUGUCCCUUAUCUUCAGUCACAUGCUGGCAGAAAUCAAAGCAAUCUUUCCCAAUGGGCAGUUCCAGGGAGAUAACUUUCGUAUCACGAAAGCAGAUGCUGCUGAAUUCUGGAGAAAGUUUUUUGGAGACAAAACUAUUGUACCAUGGAAAGUAUUCAGACAGUGCCUUCAUGAGGUUCAUCAGAUUAGCUCUGGCCUGGAAGCAAUGGCUCUGAAAUCAACAAUUGAUUUAACUUGUAAUGAUUACAUUUCAGUUUUUGAAUUUGAUAUUUUUACCAGGCUCUUUCAGCCUUGGGGCUCUAUUUUACGGAAUUGGAAUUUCUUAGCUGUAACACAUCCAGGUUACAUGGCAUUUCUCACAUACGAUGAAGUUAAAGCACGACUGUAGAAAUACAGCACCAAACCUGGAAGCUACAUUUUCCGGUUAAGCUGCACCAGAUUGGGACAGUGGGCCAUCGGCUAUGUGACAGGGGAUGGCAAUAUCUUACAGACCAUACCACAUAACAAGCCCUUGUUUCAAGCCCUGAUUGAUGGCAGCAGGGAAGGAUUCUAUCUUUAUCCUGAUGGGAGGAGUUAUAAUCCUGAUUUAACUGGAUUAUGUGAACCCACACCACAUGACCAUAUAAAAGUUACACAGGAACAAUAUGAAUUAUAUUGUGAAAUGGGCUCCACUUUUCAGCUCUGUAAAAUUUGUGCUGAGAACGACAAAGAUGUCAAGAUUGAGCCCUGUGGGCAUUUGAUGUGCACCUCUUGCCUUACAGCAUGGCAGGAAUCUAGAAUGUGGCUUCUGAGCUUAUGGACGGCAUAG